CUGCAUUUUAAAACAAUUUAAAACAAUGUAAAAGGGUGUGAUGAGUCAACUUCAGAGCCCAGACAGAUUCAGUCGCUCCAGCCUGAUGAUCGCGGAGUGAAUCGAUAUAGUAACUAGGCGAGCUGUCAGUGUGCGUGUGCUUGCUGCCGGUGCAAGCGAUAGACAGAGACCGUACCCGCUGCUAGCAAGCACAGGGAUUACAGAGACCCGUGGGAAGAAUACGAUGAACCGCUUCAAAGCAUCCAAAUUCAAAAACACCACGCCGAAGAUCCCCAAGAAAGUUGAGUGGAUCAGCGAUGUGCGGGCUGGCUCGGCUGCCUCCUGUGGGAACCACAUCAAAUCCAGCUGCAGCCUGAUCGCCUUCAACACGGAGCAGGGCGGUGGCGGAGUGCUGGGUCUGGUGUCUCUGGACAGUGGGAAUGAAGAGAAGCGCUCUGUGUCUCAGCUGCACUGUCAUACAGACCUGGUGACAGAUUUCGACUUUUCCCCUUUCGAUGACUUCCUUCUGGCCACGUGCUCUGCUGAUGAAACUGUGAAGGUGUGGCGGCUGCUGGAGCCUGGCCAGACCGUGCCGUCCUCCCCUGGGGUGACCCUGAGCCCCUGGGGGGGGGCGAGUCGAGAACGUUCUUUUCCACCCCACCGCUGAUGGAGUGCUGGCCGUCAGCGUAAGCGGGGCUGCCACAGUCUGGGACGCGGCUCGGCAGAGUCAACUCGCAGCCCUGGAGGAUCACGGAGACCAGGUUCAGAGCCUCUCCUGGAAACAGGAUGGCUCCCUCCUCGCCACGUCCUGCAAGGACAAGAAGCUGCGGAUCUUCGACCCCAGGGCUCAGCUGACAGCUGUGCAGAGCGCUCAAGGCCAUCAGAACAACAAGGAUUGUCGAGUGAUCUGGAUCGGAGACACAGACAGUAUAUUGUCUGCUGGAUUUAACCAGAUGCGGGAGAGGGAGGUCCGGGUGUGGGAUGCCAGGAAGAUGGGUUCUUCGGUGGGCUCAGUGUCGCUGGACACCUCCUCGGGGUGAGUAGAUUCAGCC